GAAGCGUUCUACGAAACUUUCUUCGAAACGCAUUUUCUUCUCUCUUUCAACAUAACACAACAAACCAAAAGCUCCUCUCUUCACUGCGAUCAGAUCGCUCAAAAUUUUGGAACCCUAAAUUUGCUGCAUUUUGGUUUCUCAAUUUUGUUGAAACCCUAGAAGCCACUUUGCGUGCAAAUCAAUAAUCUCCUUCUUCCUUUUGCUUUGAUCAUCAAUCUCCUUCCACUAGCAAACGCUGUGAGAUUAGAGGUUAAUAUUAACCCUAAACACCACACCAUGGCCAUGGCUGGUAACCACUCAGCUGUCUCACCGUGGAAUCAGGUUGUCCGCGGUGGCGAGUCCGAGUCUGUACUGGCAGCUCCAUCUUCUGCGAUGGAAUCGGCGGUGGCCGUUGAACCUUCGCUCCCUUCUGGUUCCACCGCCGUGUCAACUUCUCUGUCGGUAGAAGAUUCCUGCUCCACCGCUGAAAGCUCCAAAAACGGUGGGAACAAGGGCCGAGCUGCGAAGAAGCCUGCCUGGAACAAGCCAUCAUCCAAUGGCGGAGCUUCGGAAGUUAAGCUGGUAAUGGACGCGGUCUCUUGGCCUGCACUUUCCGAGUCUACCAGGGUUGCUAUUAAAUCAGAAUCAUCAUCAAAGGGUUUGUUGGAUGGAUCAUCAUCCUCUGUUCUUCAAUCGCAGGGUAUGGGAAGCUCUUCCUCUUCACAAAGACAAGUGAAUGAUAAUGCAAGUGCAAACCAUAUGGUGCCAUCUCCAAAUCGCCAGAAGCCAUUUAAACAUAACAGUCCAAAUGUGUUUUCUAAUGGUGGUCACCCACAGCCGCCUGCUUCCCAAGCUUUGACAGCAACAACUGGGUCCCAUUAUCAACCUCCAAUCGAACAUGCACAAAGAAGUGCAUUUGUGUCUAAUGAUCGUCCACAGCAGCGUAAUUCAUUUAGAAAUCGUAACAGUGGUUCACAUCAGCGUGGAGAUGGGUCUCACCAUCAUAAUUAUGGGAACAGACGUGAUCAGGACUGGAAUACUCAACGGAAUUUCAAUGGUAGAGACCCCCAUAUGCCACCACGAGUUGGUCCUAGAUUUCCAAGACCUCCACCUCCACCUCCUAAUGCUCCUCAAUUUAUUCACACAGCACCAGUUAGGGCAUUUGGUGGUCCUAUUGGUUUCCAUGAUGUAGUUCCUCCAAUAGUAUAUCUCCAACAACCACCUUCACAUCCAAAUUUACUAAGAGGGGUUCAUUAUGGUCCUCCAAUGCCUCCUCAGACAUUGUUCUACACAGGUCCAGACCCUCAGUUGCAUACUAGGAUAGUCACUCAGAUUAAUUACUAUUUUAGUAAUGAGAAUUUGAUUAAGGAUACAUUCUUGCGGCAGAACAUGGAUGACCAGGGCUGGGUUCCUAUAAGAUUAAUAGCAGGCUUCAACAAAGUCAUGCAUUUGACUGACAAUAUACAAGUCAUAUUAGAUGCUGUUCGAAGCUCAUCUGUUGUUGAAGUGCAGGGUGAUAAAAUAAGGAGGCGAAAUGAUUGGAGGAGAUGGAUCAUACCUCCUACAGUUCAAUUUCCCAACACUGCAGACUCUUCGAUACAGGGAACUGUGAAUCAAGAUUCGCUGUCAGAACGAGUACAAAAUAUUACUUUGAGGACAACUAACCAUGAUGGUACAAGAGAACUAGAUGCUCACACAGAUCUUUCAGAGCAUACUCUUGGGGAAUUUAAUAAUCCAUUGCAGUUUUCCAAUAGCCAGAGUACUGGUCAAUCUGGAAUUCAAGGAGCAGAUCAUCCUGUUUCGGCAGGAAAUUAGAGUUGUAAGAUGUGCUUUUGCACUUUUUUUUCGAGUUCUUAACAGGACAUCAAAAUCAAAGUUCUAAAGAUGGAAUCAGUUUUUCGGUAUGGCAUAGUGGGAUUCACAAAAGCAUAGCUCAUGAUGAUUGAGAAACAAGAAGUUAUAGAACAACAAAGAGGACUGAAUGGUAAAUACUUCUCUAAAACACAGAUUCUUUGCCCUCUUCUUUGGUUCAUCUUUUGGGUGGAGUUAGUAGUAAGCAUGAUUACUGCGAUUACUUGUUAUGGGACACAAUGUUGCUCUUACCGGUGGUGGUAUGGUUUUGCUUCCGUGUGGGGAAAUUUUGUUUUCGCAUCCCCUGUUGCCCCCUCAGCUGCAUUUUAAAAUCUUUGGGGUCAUUGUCCCACCAGGUAAUGAAGCAUUAUGAUGUACGGUGAGUUGAUGGAAUGCUUGACAUGUUUGAUCACUUUGAUGCCUACCUGCAAUUUGGGACAUAAUAAGACUAAAUGUGCUACUCAGUGCAGCUAUAAAGUAAUAUUAGUUGAUAUUUAUGUGAUUGCGCAAAUUUCCUGUUUAAACAUUUCUAAAUUUUGGAAA